AUGCAAGAUCUUCAGCUCAGGAUGGAGGAUCCGAACGACCAGGUUCGUCCGGUUCGUCCGCAGGAGGUCGAGAUAGAGCUCCCUCGACCGACGCAACAAUGGACUCGGCUCCAACACAGCCUCAACGACAAGCUCCCAGCUGGCCAAACAACGGUCUUGAUCAGAUCGGGCAUUUUCUUCAACAUCGACACCCAAUGGGGCGGCGAAGCGGCUCUUGCCCAUGUAUCAGCUCUCGUCGAGCCAACGCCAUGUGAACAUUGUUCACUCGGCAUUGGAAGGCGGCCUUUCGUCGAUUGCUCAGUGCUCGAUAGUGUCUUCGGGGGCGCCUGCACAAACUGUAAAGCUGCACACGGUCAAUCAUUCUGCACGUUCAGAAGCAGAGGAGUCAUCACCGAGAGCGCCAUCACCCAGAAGAAUGGUUGCCAUACUCUCCAGAAAAAGCUACGCGAUCGUGCCAUUGAAAUGGAGCCAGAUAUAUACGGAGAAUGGCUUGAAUCUCUGCCAGGAACCGUCACCGUCGAGUGUAUCAUGUAUGCUGAAGAAGUACUCCGGCGUUUUGCGCAACAAGAUACCAUUGUCCUGGCUUACGUCAAGCAAAAGAGAGAGCGAGUCGAGUAUGAACCAGCCUCUCAAGCACAACUCGUAACUUCUUGUCAAGCGAAUGUCGACUUGAUGAGCCAGUCCUACGACCAGAACCACAAGACGCCUAAUGACGAGGAGACGCCUGACAUGACCAGGUACCUCCAAGCUGCAGCACAUAUGGACCAGAUCAUGAAUGCCCUUAUUCAGGAGAGAGGAGAGAGCUGGGACCUUUGUAAAUCACAUCCAGCGUUCCGUUACUUGGUCCAGUACAAGCAUGAGCAGGUCAAACAGGAUCUAAGAGCGUUCUUUGAUCGGAGGUAUAUGGGGCUCGUUGCGCUGGCUAUCAAGGCAAAUGAUGUGUUUGAGGCGUUGAAGAAGAUGACUGUGGGAAAUGAGAUGUUGCUGCUGCGCUUGAGGGAUGAUGGGGAGUUCGGAUAUAUGACGAAAAUGUUGAAUCAUCUAAGUAAGGGCGUGAGAGAUGGAGAUGAGCCAUGGUCGCUUCGCCGGAUCAAUGUUUCGGUCUGGGAACAAUUGAUCGCACAAGCACGUCCUAAAAAGGGUUGA